AUGGCUAUAGUAGACCAGACCGGUCAAAGUCCAUUCGCGCCCAGUGGUUACAAGGCUUGGAGAAAUGUCAAGGACUACGGUGCUGUUGGCGACGGAGUCACAGAUGACACAGAGGCCAUCAACCUCGCUAUCUCCGAUGGAGGAAGAUGUGGUCCUGACUGCGGCCCCAGCACCAUCUAUCCCGCUACAGUUUGGUUCCCCAAAGGCACGUACCUUGUCAGUUCUCCAAUAAUCCAAUACUAUAAUACGGAGUUCCUGGGAGAUCCGCUAAAUGUGCCAACUAUACUGGCAGCCCCAAGCUUCGUCGGUUUGGGUGUGAUCACUUCCGAUGUAUAUGUCAGUGAUGACGAGGAGUGGUAUGUCAAUCAAAACAACUUCCUGCGAAGUGUGAGGAACUUUAAGAUCGACAUUCGUCAAACGGAUACGUCGGCCUAUAUUUGUGCCAUUCACUGGCAGGUUGCUCAGGGAACCUCUCUAGAGAACAUCGAGUUCUACAUGGUGUAUAAUUCGGACGUUCCCAGCAAUACACAGCAGGGAAUUUAUAUGGAGAACGGCUCCGGUGGUUUCCUCGCAGACCUCACAUUUGUGGGAGGCAACUUUGGUGCAUACUUUGGCAACCAACAAUUUACUUCAAGCCAACUUGUCUUUGUCCAGUGCAAUACAGCUCUUCAGGUUCACUGGGACUGGGCAUGGACAAUGCAGGAUUAUGUCAUCGAGUCGUGUACAAAUGGGUUGACUAUUGUCGGAGGGGCUGGCGGUUCCCUAGGUACCGGUCAAGGUGUUGGUUCUCUUGUUUUGGCUGAUGCCAUCAUUGCAAACACGCCAAAUGGUAUCAUUACGUCUCUCUACGCCGAGAACUCGACAUCCCUGUUUUUGAAAAAUGUGGGAUUUUUCAAUGUCGAAACAGCCAUCACAGACGACGUCAAAAAUCAAGUUCUCUUAGCAGGUGGAGAUGAGGUUCUAAAGGAUGCCUGGGGAUUCGGUAGAGUCACCGAUGCAGAAGGCACGGGAUCCUUUGUGUCCGGUGAAGACAUCACUAUCGGGGCCAUGAAGGACAAGCUGCUGGGAACUCAAGCUUACGUCAAGUCCAAUCUUUUUACCCGCCGACGGCCUCAAUACGAGGAUAUUAAGGCAAGCGAUAUUAUCAAUGUUCGGACUUUCGGCGCAAAGGGUGAUGGCAGUACUGAUGACACCGUCAUACUCAACUCUGUCCUCUCCUACGCAGCCAACCUUUCUUCAGUUGUUUACUUCCCCUUUGGAGUCUACAUGAUUCAUGAUACACUGAGGGUUCCCGUCGGUUCACGUAUUAUCGGACAAGCUUGGUCUCAGAUCAUGGCAACAGGCGAGAAAUUUGAGGAUAUUGAUAAUCCCCAUGUGGCAGUCCAGGUGGGAGUUGAGGGCGAUGUUGGUAUAAUUGAGGUUCAAGACAUGCUUUUCACUGUUUCGGGCCCCACUGCUGGUGCAAUUCUCGUGGAAUGGAACGUUGCAGAAUCCGUCCAAGGAUCUGCUGCAAUGUGGGACUCUCACAUUCGAAUUGGCGGAGCCAUUGGAUCCCAGCUGCAAAAGUCCCAAUGUCCUAAACAGUCAGGCAAAGUCAAUCCUGAUUGUAUUGCGGCAUCUCUUCUCCUUCAUCUGACACCUUCGUCAAACGCCUAUCUAGAGAACAUUUGGGUUUGGGUCGCAGAUCACGAUAUGGAUGCGAGCACCCAAGACCAAAUCGAUGUCUAUGCAGGCCGUGGUAUUCUGAUUGAGAGUAAGCUCUCAUGGCUAUAUGGUACGGCUUCGGAGCAUUGCACACUCUAUCAGUACCAACUCUCUGGCGCAAGCAACAUCCUUAUGGGGAUGAUUCAAACAGAGUCACCGUACUACCAACCUGUUCCCCUGGCUCCAAAUCCAUUCACGCCAGGCUCAUUCCCUAAUGACCCAUUGUUCAAGAAGUGUGAUUCGAGUUCUGUUGUAUGUGCUUUCUCUUGGGCCGUGCGCAUCAUCGAUUCAACUUCUAUCUGGGUUUUGGGUAGCGGUCUUUACAGCUGGUAUUCGGAUUAUUCUCAGAAAUGUCUUGAUACAAACGAUUGUCAGCAAAGCGGUUUUGAGAUCGAGCAAAGUGUUGAUCUUUGGAUCUACAACCUCUGUACCAGGGCAAUUGUGGAAAUGGUCACCCCUUUCCAAGGCAUUCCGACAUACGCCAAGGACAAUGUCAACGGACUCCUUUCAUCAAUUCUAGUCUGGAUUGGUGGUCUAGAUACAACUAUUGGUCAACGGAAAUUCGAGGGCUGGUCUAUCUACAGUUCUACCAGCCUGGAGGAGAUUGAUCUUCCGGAUGCUUGUAAAACGUCACUGACAGCAAAGAUCAAGUGUGAUACUUAUCUAGGGAGCAUGAUGUCCCGCUCUUGGCAUGGCUCAUUGAACAACGACACCCUAACCGACCUUGUCUGCGACACUAGCUGUGGCGAGAGCUUGAGUGAGUGGUUCACAGUUGUACAAAAUAACUGUGGCGGGUAUAAUAUCAGUGGCUCUCCCCCAGAGCUAUAUGGUGGCCGUAUCUGGGCUGGUUACAAUGAAACUUGCAGCAAAGAUAAAGACACGGAUGAAUACUGCAAUGAUAUCAUUGGGGACUUUACUUUGGUUCAAAGCACCAAGGAUAUGCCCGAGGACGAAGCUUGUUCUUACUGCUACACAACCCGCCUCCAGAUAAUGCAACAGACGCCGUACUCGAUGUACGACGACUAUUAUCAGGAAGUCCUGGUAGAACUAAAUGGACGAUGCGGUCUCUCCGGACCAACGGAUAUCCUUGAAAUCCCCUGGGCGACCUUCGAGGAGGAAGACGAAUUUUGUGUCUCGGACAAUUACUACACGACAGUCAAAGGAGACAACUGCACGUCCAUCGCAGCGGCAAACAGCAUCUCAUCCGCGUCACUAUACAUGGGCAACCAGAACAAAAUUGUGGAUUGCUCAUCCAUGAAAGCAGGACUCAAACUUUGUCUUCCUUUGACAUGCGAAGAUACAUAUUCCCUCGAGCCAUCAGACAAUUGCACAGUAAUUGAGUACGCCUUCUCGCUUUCAAACGGGGAUCUCCGCAAAUAUAACCCCUGGAUUUCCUUCGACUGUGAUAAUUUGCAGAUUGCCAGCAAGAUUUACGGCACAAAUAUCUGUCUAUCGGCACCCGGUGGUGCGCACACCAACGCAACAGCUGGUACGGGGUCAACUACUCCCAGCAAAGCAAACGGGUACACUGAGGUCUACGUUGCCCCGCCGACGAACGCGACUUUGGCCGAGGGAACAACCCGUAAUUGUGGAAGAUGGCAUGAGGCUGCUGCCAAUGAGACUUGUGUUGGAAUUUGUGCACAGGAAAGUAUCACACAUGCUCUGUUUGUGGUUGUUAACCCGUCGUUGGAUGAUUCUCGAUGCUCAGAGAGCUUGCAGGUUGGCAAGACUUACUGUGCUGGUCCUUUGUACAUGUGGAAUGAUACAGAGACUUCUACUAGUACUAGUGCCAGAGUAUUGGCUUCUCCAACUCCAGCUGUUUAG